AUGGCUCUUCUAUCACGAAACCACUGGCCGUUCGUCUUUUUCCGGACGGCAGUAUGUGUGGUUGUGUUUGUCCUGGGCAUUCUUGCACUUCGUGUGGAUCAGAUUAUUGUGUGGACAACGCUUCGCCGCAUCCCCAGGUGGUAUUACACGUGCAUGGAUUUGACCAAGUUUUACUUUUUGCAAUUGAUCGUGUUUGUGACAUCUUUUGCGAGUCCCUGUAAGAUCAAGAUUUCAUUCCGAGCCACGGAAUUGCCGGAGCUGAACACUUUUCGAGUCGAUGCUUCUGGCAACCUCAUUUCAAGUUUGUCUCGGAACGCCAUAUUCAUCUCCAACCACCAGAUCUACACGGAUUGGAUUUUCUUAUGGUUUUUGGCAUACACUAGCAACUUGGCAAACUCAAUCUACAUUGUCAUCAAGGAGAGCUUAUCGAGAGUGCCCCUUUUGGGGCCCGGAAUGCUCAACUUCCGUUUUUUGUUUUUGCUGAGAAAAUGGGAAAAUGACAAAGUCAACCUAACAAACAGGCUUUUGGCCAUCGACGCGGAUGCUCGCGGAAUGGGCCCUGCAGCAGGCGUGUCCCUUGUUUCCUCUUCCCACAGCGCCAGCCCUUCUAUUGUGCAGUGGCCAAAAGGAAUGUCUGGCAAUUCCGAAGAUAUCAGUAACUACCAACUUGUCAUUUUUCCAGAGGGAACUGUACUUUCGCCCCAUACGCGGGAAAGGUCGAAUAGAUACGCAGACAAGAUGGACAGGCCCAGGUUCAACCAUUUGUUGCUACCUCGAGCGAGGGGUCUUUUUCUCAUGUUGAGACUGCUAAGAAAUACUUUAGCUGUUGUUUACGAUGUGUCCUGUGGCUAUUCGGGAUUAAACCCCGACGAAUAUGGUGAGGAGAAAUUCACGCUAAAGAAACUAUACUUGCAAGGAUUAGGCCCGUCUGCUGUCAAUUAUUUCAUUAGAGGUUUCCCGAUUAAAGACAUACCGCUUGGGGACGACGAUAAUUUGGAUGUCGAUGACGUUGAUCCCAAAACAUUGGAACAGUUUGAAGACUGGUUAUACAAUGUUUGGUGUGAGAAAGAUAAACUUAUGAAAAGCUUUUACGAAACCGGAUCCUUUGUCGUUGAUGAUGACGAGACAAUGCAAACAGUGGUUGCUAAGUUUAAGUUGAAACAAAGAUUCGAGAUUUUGACGCUAUUUGCCAUUCCAGGUACUCUCCUUUUGCUCGCGUACUGGAUAGUAAAGAAGAUCGUGAAUAUAUACACUGCGAGUGCCUAG